UCGGGAAUGUUCGCUUCGUGAGAGUAGUGUAGUGUUGAUGGCAGCCAAGUGCAACCACGAGUAACUUCGUACGACUGACGGUGACAGAACGAUUACGAGAAUUUCAACCGAUCGCGAUGCAAAACACAAAAGGACUACAGGAGUUUAUGGAGCUGGUCGGUCGGCUGAAGCAUAUGAAAAGGAUGGGAUGGGUAAAACGGAAUAUAUCUGAUCCUGAAACAAUUGCUGGUCACAUGUACCGUAUGGCAAUGUUAUCGUUUCUAGUGGACGGAAAAGAAAAAUUAGACAAAAUCAAAAUAAUGCAGAUGACAUUGAUUCAUGACCUAGCUGAAUGUAUUGUGGGAGACAUAACACCUUAUUGUGGCAUUCCACCAGAUGAAAAACAUAGAAUGGAAGAUGAAGCUAUGGAAGACAUUUGCAAGCUGCUAGGUGAUAAGGGACCUGAGAUAUUACAAAUAUUUCGUGAAUAUGAAAAGCAGGAAUCUCCUGAAGCACAGUAUGUUAAAGACUUAGAUAGACUAGACUUGCUGAUGCAAGCAUACGAAUACGAAAAAAGGGACAACAUUCCGGGAGAACUGAAUGAAUUCUUUGUCUCGAUUAAUGGCAAGAUCAGACAUCCUGUUAUCAAUAAAAUUGCUAUUGACAUUACCGAAGAAAGGAACAAGUUAUGUCGUAAUCUAAAUGUCUCGAAAUAGCAAAAGAUAUAAUUCAAGAACACACAAACCUGGAAGGAUAAAUUCCAGAUAGCUUAAAUGUUAUUUUAAACGUUACCAUGUCACGCGCUAUUAAUGUUACACGUAAUUUUAAUACAUAAGAUUUUGAUAUAGAUAGUAUACAUAUAAAACAAGCAUAUAUAUAUAUAUAUAUAUACACACACACAAGGUCUGUCCCAAAAGUAUCCGAUCUCUGUGUAUAUCUUUGUUCUUGGGCAUCCUAUUGCGGAAAACAGAUAUUCAAUAUUUAGGGUGGACUUUUAGGAGUAUCCCCACCAAGUGGCACAACCCAACAGCUAUUCAGUCAGCAACGGUACACAGUUGUAUGAGCGUCGAAAACUCCGGGCGUCGCAUUUCAGAAUGACUGAACGAGUUGAGCUGAGAAUUUGUAUAAAAUUUUGCCAAAAACUUUGGCUACACAUUUUCCGAGACAAUCGACAUGAUCCGUAAAGUUUAUGGUAAUGACUAUGAGUAACAUACAAAUAAAAGAAUGGUUUAGAUGGUUCAAAGAUGGCCGUGUCUCAGUGGACAGUGAUCCUCGUUCCGAUAGACUUUCAACGUCGAAAACAGUGGAAAACGUGGAACGUGUACGAUUCGCAAUCGACAAAAAUCGCCGUUUGACUGUGCGAGAGUUAGAAGAAGACCUUGGGAUCCCAAAAAUUAUGUUAAAUAUUUUCUCGAAUAUUGAAGAUCUAGGAAUGAGAAAAAUUUGACAAUGUUGAGGAAAUAAAGCGAAAUGCGACGAGGGAGCUGUUGGCUAUCACUAAAAAUGACUUCCAGGACUGCUUUUGCAAGUGGAUGCACAGUUGGCAGAAGAUCAUUGCUUCGGAAGGAAAUUACUUUGAAAGCGACGUUAUUCAUAUUACUCCGGAAUAGCUCUUUCUCAUGAUACAGACAAAAGUCGGAUACUUUCGGAACAGACC